AUGAGGAAUCGCCUCUCUUUGCCUGCGGGGCAGCCGCCGACGCCCGAGACGAGGAGCCGCCGCCGGGCCGCUCGUCCAGGUACCGAGGGGCGGGGGCCGGGAGCGGCCCUUCCCCGGCUCUCCCCGCCGCGGGCGCGUCUGACAGGCAGCGACCCCCGCCCCGCCUGCUGCCGCCGCCGGGGGUCGCGUCCCUUCGCACACGGCAUCCCCCUCUCAGGGUUGAGCCGGGGGGAAGAGACGCGGAUCGCCCACCCCUCUUUGUGUGCUCAGACCGUAGGCGCCGUUCGGUACCGGCUGCCCGCGCUCCGUGCCAUCGGCUCGAGGAGGAGCGGAGCCAUUGGGGGCGGCGGGAGGCAGAGCUCGGCGCGGGGACAUCGCGCCGGGAAACGGGGUGGGACGGAGGCGGCCGGGAUAGGCGGGGAAUGGCGCGGGGAUGCCGGGGGGGCUUCUCCUUCAUUCCUUCUCUCUGUCCGCGCUGAAGGCAGAAGCUCGUCCCGCUCCUCCGCCCCGCGCCGCCCCAGUCAUGUCCCACCCGGAGCGAUGGGGAAGCUCGAGGACAACGAGAGGGUGAUCCUCAACGUGGGGGGCACGCGGCACGAGACCUACCGCAGCACCCUGAAGACCCUGCCGGGCACCCGCCUGGCCCUGCUCGCCGCCGAGUCGCAGGGCGAGUCCCCGGGCGCCGAGGAGCCGCCGCCACCGCCGCCCCCCAACGCGGCCCCGCCGGCGGGCGGCUGCCCCGAACCCGGCAGCGGCUGCAGCCCGCGGGGCGGCGGCGGGGCCAGCGAGUUCUUCUUCGACCGUCACCCGGGGGUCUUCGCCUAUGUGCUCAACUACUACCGCACCGGCAAGCUGCACUGCCCCGCCGACGUGUGCGGGCCGCUCUUCGAGGAGGAGCUGGCCUUCUGGGGCAUCGACGAGACCGACGUGGAGCCCUGCUGCUGGAUGACCUACCGGCAGCACCGCGACGCCGAGGAAGCGCUCGACAUCUUCGAGGCGCCCGAUCUGCUGACGGGCGAGCCGCCCCCCGACGGCGACGACGACGACAUGGCGGCCAAGCGGCUGGGCAUCGAGGACGUGGCGGCGGCCGCCGAGGGCAAGGGUGGGCGCUGGAGGCGGCUGCAGCCCCGCGUCUGGGCGCUCUUCGAGGACCCCUACUCCUCCCGGGCCGCCAGGGUAAGCGCCCACCGACGGCGCUCUCGGGAGAUGGAUCGUCACCCCCGGGUGAUGGCGGUGGUGGUGCCCCGGGAGCCUCGGGGUGCUGGCAGCGUGGGGUGUCUAGGUGGAGCUCGGCCUGCGUGGGGUGGGCUGUGGAGUGGUGCCAUGGUGGGAUGCUGUGGGGUGUGACACCAGCUCCUAUGGGCUGAGCUGCACCAGCCAUCCUGGUCUCAGUGGGGACGUGGGAGUGCUACUGACUGGGGGACCACGCUGUGUGCCAGUGGGCUCUAUAGUGCCUUUUCUGGGGGCCUGCAGGGCUGUAUAUGCACCGUGUGCUCUAGCUUUCAGGGAGGUGUUGAGUUGUGUGAGGUGGUGGCUGCCCACAGCCCAUCCAGGAGGGCUCUGCUGGCAGCUCCUGCUUGGCUCUCCUGCUCCUGCCCUGAAGAGCUUAGCGGGAUCCAGGGUGGCCCUCAUGGCUCUGCAGCUGAGGGCUGUGAGGGAACACCGGUCCUCAGCGAGUUCUUGACAGAUGGGAUUUUAGAUUUUGGCUCUUUCUUCUGUGUUGGAGCACGGUGCGAGUUUCAGCCCUGACUUGUAGUUAACUGCUGUGUGUGGUGAUGGGUUUUGCUUUCUAACCCAUGGAACAGGCAAAUGGUUGUAACACCUUUGGGAGAAGUGUGCAGUGAUGCUUUGAACUCAGCUGUGGGAACAGCACCCAGCAGCGAGUCCUGCCUGCAGCACAUGAGAAAGAGCUCGUGGUUGAAAUGGGCUUAGAUUUAAAGCAGCAGGAAGCAUUUCACAGUGCUUUCACUGGGUUUCCCUGUGAAGAACCCAGACCUCAUCCUGUGUCAGCGAUCAGUACUGUCCCCAGCAGUGCCACUGGGGUCACCACACCCUGAUGGAGAAUGGGGUGUCAGGGGGUGCUGAGCUCCAGCUGGUGCCCCAAUUGUCUCUAGAGCAGGUUGCGUUCAGAAUACACAUCGGUAGUGUUUGUAUUGUUGCUCGUUAAGGACACACGCGCAGCUCACACCUUGGCUGCCUGAAUUCAGCAGAGUUCAGCUGUCGGUUCCUGACCUAACAGCAGUGUGGUGGUCCCACCGCUGCUGGGGAAGCUGCUGACAGCAGCAGAUCUGCAGCUUUUACGGCACGGAGCCUUUCACUGAACUUUGUGGAGCGCUGGCAGUGAUCAUCUAUUAGAGAAGAUAUUUAUCUUUUUAAAGUUAGGAAGGGGUUUAAAGUAAUAUAUUCUGAUUUCAGCCAUGGGCAGGCAGAGCGAGGCAGUGCCAGAGCUGCAGCUCCGAGUUCGGGUUCUGUUCAGCUCUGCCGCUCUGUGCAGUGAUUCUCCCCCCGCAGACAGGCUGCUCGGAUUGCUGCUGGCAACUUGGAAGCAUGGGGCACUUCUGUGCCUCCGGGCCAGCAUACACCUGCACCCACACCCCAGUGUGUGGUAGCUUGGGUGGUGGUACAUCCAGCUGGAAGCUGAAGUGCAAAUGUCAGUUCAGUAUUUCCCCACACCUGAGAUAGACACUUUGUUUUGUGAGUAUUCUGACAAACGCAGCGUUGUUGUGUAUCAGCUGAAAUGAUGACUAACUCUAAAAAUAUUUGGGUGAGAUCCUUACUGAGCGCAAGAAAAGCUCCGUGAGCAUCAAUUGUGCCUCGCAGUGCGAGCUCCUGACUCAUGUGCUGCUGGGAUGGUGGUGAGACAGCUUGCUGGUAAACUUUCUUAAUAACGGUGGUAAUCCGUAGCAGUGCUGCCUGAUUGAACUUCUGCACUGUCUGUUCGGAGGAACGUGAUGUUGAGAAAAACUGGAUGUUGCUUAUUAAUGGGGUGGCACUUAAUAUUUCUGUUCUUCUUUAUCUUAAACUGUGAUCUGUAAAAAUAGAAAUUUAUAGAAAUUCAAAUAUAAGUUGCCAUGGUAACCUAUUGGGGGAUAGUGCACACACAGAUUAUUCUAGCAAGACCAUCCAGCGAUGUUAUAUAAACAGUGGAACUCAUCUGUUGACAAAAAGGUGUACUGCAUUAGGGACUUGAAAAAAUCAACUUUAAUAUAUGCAGUUUGAUAGUUAGUGACAUCUGCUAGCCAUACUUUUUAUAAAUACAAAAUGUAAUGCGUAUCGUAUGCAUGCGAUUGCUUUGAAACCUGCAAUACUUUUCUUUGUAUCUCAAGUUCAGGAAUGGAUCUGAAUAUCGUUUGUUUUCAUUUCACCAUUUCGGACUGCUCUUUAUGUGAACUGUAAGGAAGGGUGCAGUGGCACUGCUUUUGCUCCGGGCUCCCCAGAGCUGCCUCUCACAGAUUGCUCUCUGGCAGAGCAGUGCUGUGUGGAUGGAGAGGUCCCAGUAUAAGGAGCACGAGACGCAUUGGGCAGCCAAAUCCUCCUGUGUGAUGCAUUUCCGUACCCAACUCUUAUUGCACUGUGUGCGCUGUGCGUGUGACUGGUUAACAAUGGUGGGGUAUUUUGGAGUCCUCUGAUGGCUCUUGGCUCAUGAGUACAAGGGACUGUGCUUUAGUAAGGUGCAGAGAGACGUCCAAAUAGUUUGUAAGGAAGUACGAGAGAUGUGAUUAGCACUGAGUUUGACAGAGUGUCUGCGGAUGCCCGCGGGACCCGGAAUGUCAGCGCCAGUCUCAGAUACCAUAUUUCAAAUUAAUUAAGCUUUUAAGGCCUUUUAUUUUUGAAUAAUAGUUGAAAUACGAUGCUGUUUAAAGAAAUAAUUAGUGUUCAUCAUUGAUUUUUGUUAAGGAUUGUGGAUUAUUCUUGCACUUAGCACAGGAACCUAGAAACUGCACAGGGACUCGCAGUGUUCACGGCUGUCUGUCUGUCCCCAGGAGCAGCUUGUCUGUCCAUGCACAGAGCAGGGAUGGGACAGGGAUGCCUGGCUGCGUGCUGCUGGAAAAGAGAAGCUCCUGUGUGCAGCUGUACCUGCGAUGCUGCUUUUGGAGGCUGCUUGCAGUGACACUUCUGCUGGCCUCAAGCACUCACAGAGGUCGGCUGCGGGAAGGGUUGGCGAAAUGAGGGAGGCAAGCAAGGGAGAGAACCAGGUUAAUGGGUCCCCUCAAGGCUUAGAGCCUCAGAAAUCAUACGGGAGAGCAUUCUUAGUGAAGUUAACUUGCAUCUUUCUUUGGUGGCUUGUGCACAGUUUUCCAGGUAGGUGGAUACAUGCUGGGUUCCAGGGUGGUUUAUGUGGGCUGCUCAGGAUGCAAACGGCUUUUAUUUUUGGUGGAAGCAGUGCUGCUGGGAUAGUCUGACAGGCACACCAUGAAUGGAGUGGGGAGGAUACGGCAGGCUCAGAGUGUACAUUAAUAGUGAACUGCAGGGCUUAUUUGCUUUAUUAAAAAUAGAACUGGCAUUUAAUUUCUAAGUGCAAGUCUUAGAAAUUUGUAACUUACAAAGAUUUUUCUUCUAUCUGAAAAUGGUUAUAGGAAUGUACAAAGAAGCCAGUAGAGAUUACAAAGAAACUGAAUGAGUGGGCUUUCCUCUUGCCAUCUUGCUAAUCAGAGUGUGUUUAUUCUCAAGUGGGAAAAGAAUCCGUUCAUUUACAUUGGCUGCUUUUAAAGCAGCAGCACCUUUGUGCCUGGGACAAACACCGUGACGCAUCACUGCUAUGGGUAUUCGCACAUUCCGUGGCUUCACGGGUGCACGGGCUGACUAAAUCAUAUUAUAAGUACUUUUUAUUAAUUCAUUUCUGAAAUGCUGGCUGUUAAAAGUCUUAAUUGCAAGUAGUUGCUUAAGAAGUUACCCGCUCAAGGUAAGCCACUUUGAUCUGCAUUAAAUUUAGAUGGUAUCUGGUGGCACUGACAUAGCGGUGAGGUAAAAUCAGAAAGAUUUCUGCCUCCCUAACUUCUGCCUUUUUCUCUACAGCUGUUCUGCCUGCUGCUGCUACUGUUUCCAUGGAAACAAGCCAGCUCUUGGCUUCCUUUUUCCAUUGGAAACAGCCUUCUCUCUGUCACUUAUUAAUCUCAGAAAAGCAUUCUGUCAUGGCUCUGACAUGAGCGCCACAGAGCUGAUCUGCCUGAGCAUCUCAGGAAUGGAUGCUGGUCCGUAUGCACCCAUGCACGUAGCCAGAUUUAUCCUCUGACUUAAAAUAAUUCGAUUGAUGGACUUGCUCUGAAUUAGCUUUGGUAUAACUGGAAGUGGAAAUUAGCUUACCACACACAGCCCAAGAUAAUAACAGUAUUGAGAAUUAUUCUUGGCUGAGAAAUCUGGCAGACAGCAUCCCGUUCCUGUGUGCAGUUCAGACAUAAUGCCCUGCUGCUCUCUGUCACGUUUUGUUUACAGCAGUGAGGUGCUGAAACGAUACACUUUGGGAUUAGAACGUGUCUUCAUACCCAUUCAUAACCAUUCAUGUGGUGGUAGAGGAGCAGCCCACAGCUCUGGGGAAUACUGCAUAGGUUUCAGUGUUUCCUUUUGGUCAGGUGUCACGGUAUCGUGCCGUCAAGUGAUGCUGUCAGGAUAAGCAAGAAGUGAAUUUAAAAAAAAUGGUAUCUUCAUGGUCCUUCUUAUUCAAAAGGUGCCUAAUGCCAAUACCUUCUGAAGAAGAUGACAUUUUUGCUUGGCUUUUUUUGAACUCAUUUUGAAUGGUAAUGAAAAAAAAUCAAAAUUCAGUCACAUCCUUGGUUAGUGUUCCUCAUUAUCAGAACGUGAAGAUUUUUAAAGGAACUUCGUCUAGAACUUGGCCUUUUCUCCCGCAGCAGUCAUUGCUGGAAGGUGUCCUCUCCUCAGGAAGUUACCUGUCAAUCAGGGCAGAAGCAUCAGAGUGCAAGUGAGGCAUCUCUGUAUAUUUUCUUAACAUUUUGUAUCAUUUCUGGUGGAAGAGCUGCUUUGGUGCUGUUCAUUUUUGCAGAAGCUGUUGAUCUUCCUUCACUUUGGACUUGGCUCAUCUUGGGGAAGCAUAUUUCCUUCAACCAGCACGGGAGAGAAAGGGUUUGUGUUCUCUGUAUUUGGCACCUGAGGGAUUGGAAGUUCCCUUUUUGUUCUCAUUACUGAAGUCUUCUUCAGACCUUUAUGCUGGCAGCUUAUGACUUACAUAAGCUUACUGAUCCCAUGUAGGAGCUUGUGGGGGUUUCUGCAGUAUACUUUUUACCAUGAGUAAAGUAGGUAGGCCAGUAGAAAUACAGAGAGGAUAAAAUAUGGAAUAUCAAGCUGUUGCUUAUAAUUCUACAAAGGAUAUUUCUAUAGCAAUACAUCUUUAUGUCUACUCUUACUUCCCAAGAGCCCUUCUCCUGGUGCGAGGGCUGGAACAAGAGGAUAUUUCUUGCAUCAAAACCAAUUUGAACUGGUGAACUCAAUAUGCAACUGCAGAAAUGUGUAUGAACAUACUGAUGUAAAGUUAGCAUUAUCAGUGUGAUAAAAGAGACCAUAAGAUGGAGUGGUGGUCUGGUAUGUUCACUGCCCUAUCGUGACAUACUCAUGGACAUAUUGCUGUAACUGAGUGAUAAGGUUGUCAAAAAAACACCUAGAUGUAGCUAUAGAGGGAAAAAAAAAAAAGUGAUUUCACAUUCUUUUUAGUCCUACAAAUGUGUUUAAUUAACAUCAUUGUUAGUACUUUAUAAUGACUACAGCAUUUUUGAAGGAAAGACUCCCAUCUGUUAAUCAGAAGUGUUAAAAAUAGAAUGCCAUCUAAUCAUACAAUUUCUUGUGAUUUGCUUUACAGAUUUUUUGACUGAAGUGGUGACAUGAAACUUAAAAACCAAAUUAUCCAAUUACAUAUUAUAACUGUAUUUUAUCCCUUGCCUUUAAGUUGUCUGAGAAUUUUGAGAUGCUGCUGUGUUUUUGAUCUUUAUACUAGUAGGUUAAUUAUUGCAGGGGUGUAAUAAUUCAGUCCUUUCUUACUACAGGCAUGUAGAUCCUUAGUAUUUCUAGGUGAAUCUGGGGUAUCAGGUCUUUGAUAUGCUCCAGAAAAAACUGUAAAUAGAGAACAGUCUGUUAUCUUGGUUCACAAGUAUGUACUGGAUAUAAAACACAGUAUUGUUUAUUUCUGAGAUAAGUAUAGUUUCUUAAAUUUUUACAUUGCAGCAUACAAACCUGUAUUUUUAAGCGUGCCUUCUCUCUAAAGAAGGCAGAACAUCUCUUGGAGCUUGUUGCUGGUUUUGAUAAUGGGUUGAGUACCAGCUGCAUAGCAGUAAUCUUCUUCUUAAAUAUUUAAUCCUUAUCCUAAGAGAGAGAAUUCUUGAGGAACGACUACCUCCAGACUAAAAUGCUUUGUUUGGUAAAAGCAGAAGGUGACUGUCAUGAUAGGGGAAUUUAAAGCAACAGAAAUCAUACACAGAGAUGCAGUUUUAAUGGCUGAGAAAACUCUCAGUGAAUCAUUUUGGAGAACACAAAGUUUAGUAUGAUGACGCAGAGGGCUACAGAAUGGUGCUGUGAAAUGCUGCAUCAUGUGGUUGCAAAAAUAAGGACUGUGAGCUGCAGUCCUGAUGAUUUUACCUGGGAACACUGCUGGUGCCCAUCCCUGUGCAGGGCUGGAGUGGUCAGCUGUCACAGCUGGCAUCCUGCUGCUGAUGGUGCUCCUAAGUGGGAGCAAGAGUAAUGUCUCAAGUUGUAUUUUGGUUGGCUUGCUUAAAUUCUCAGUACAUAAAUGUUCACAAAAUACUUUUAUAUGCUGUCUACUGUGAGAUGCUAUCUACUGUGAGAUACUGUGAGAUAUCUACUGCCUAUUGGUAUUUAACAGCCUGUGCAACUGCAGGUAUAUACUUCAAAGUAGUGGUAGAAAUUCUUGUGGGAUCAUAUAAAGGAUGUUUUAAAGUAUGCAAACACACUGCUAUGAAAUUUCUUUAUUUUUUAGACAAUACCACGGAAGACAUCCUUGUCUGUCCUUAUUGGUAAACAGGCGUUAAAAAAUUCAUGGUCAUUUUCAAGUGAGUGGUCUGUUUUAUCUUGGUCAUUGGCACCUUGUAAUCCUAUGCUCAUAUGAACCAUAAUUAUUCAUCAUAAUUGGUUUCAGAAUUAUUUUAAUUUGUACAGAAUUAUGAUGGUUAAG